AAAUUAACGGUUAUCAUUAGUUUUCAAAAGCUUAUUAUUCAACUGUUUUCUUUUUGCUUAUUUAAUUGAACUCUGUGUUCCAAAUUAUAGUUAUUUUUGCAUCAUUUGUUUAAAAUAAUGUCUCAACAGCAGACGAAAAAUUGUAUAACGCUUCGAGGUUCAGCACAAAUAUUGUGCGAAUAUUUAAAUUUUGCUAUAAAUUCAGUACUAUUUCAACGAGGCUUAUAUCCACCUGAAACGUUUAAAGCCGCACAACAAUAUGGAAUUACCUUACUCCUCUCUGAAGAUCCGCAAAUCAAGAAUUUCCUUACAAAUCUAUUAACUCAAAGUGAAGAAUGGAUAUUAAACAAAAAAGUAAGUAAACUCUCUCUAGUAAUACUUAAUGUAGCCAACAAAGAAAUUUUGGAAUGUUGGGAUUUCAAUGUUCAAUAUGAAGAAGGUGAUGUGGCAUUAUCGAAGGAAAAAAAUGAGACAGUUGGUAGUAAAGAUUUGAAGAAAAUACAACAGGAAAUAAGAGAUGUGAUGUUGCAAGUUGCUGCCACUAUAUCUUAUUUACCAUUUCUAGAUUGUAGAUGUUCAUUUGAUGUUCUAGUACAUGCUAAAACUGACUGUGAUAUACCAGAGAAAUGGGCAGAGGCUGAGCCUGUAACUAUAGUUAACGCUCAAAAUGUACAAUUAAAAACAUUUUCUACGAGUCUACAUAAAAUGGAAACAGUAGUUAGUUAUAAACUUGUUGAUUAAGUAUUAGAGUAUAGCAUUCCGUAAUUUAAUUUUGCUAGUUUUAUUUAUAUAUAAUUAUUUGUAUUUGUAGUUUGAUUGGAUUACAUAUUAUUUUUGGGUUUUAAACAAUUUUGAAUAAUUUUUAAAAGAUUUUGCAUAAAGUAUGAAUAGUAAAUAAAAAGAUAUAUAAACCUUAUAAUAAACUUAUGUUGCAUCAGAAUUUCUAACUAACCCUCAUGAUGCUCAAGGUGCUUUGCUAAUAAUGAUGCACACCCGAGUCUGUGUUGGGAAUAUUAUAAAAAUAAGAUAAGUAUAAUUCUAGCCUAAAUAUUAUAUAAACAGAUGA